AUGGAACGAUCAGCAAAUCUCAACCCGGCCACCAACACCAUGGUCAGCAAUAACAAUAAACUUAAAUAUAAACUCUCAUUGUGCCACCUUAAUUCUCGUUCACUAAUAUCUACAUUCCAUUAUUUCUCUGAUUUAGUAACAGACUGCAAUUUUGAUAUAAUAGCGGUUUCUGAAACAUGGUUAAAACCUACCAUCUCCUCGGCCUCAGUACAAUUACCGGGAUAUGAUUUACUUCGAGCAGAUAGACCCACUAAAGGCGGAGGUUUAUGCUUCUACAUUAAAUCACACCUAAAAUUGAAAAUUAUUAACUUAGACUUCUUACCAGAUAAUGAGAAUAGCAUUGAGCAACUUUGGAUUUCUAUCACGAUAAAUAAAAUAAAGGUUGCAGUUGGAGUCGUAUACAAACCACCGAACGUAUCUACGACACAUCUCAAUGAAUUAGAACUUACGUUAUCUCACUUAACUUUGGAGUCGAAUGAGAUUAUUCUACUAGGUGAUAUCAAUGUGGAUUUUUUAACAAAUAACAACAGUUUAAAAUACCUUAAUAACAUUCUCGAGAUUUAUAACCUACAUCAAAUUAUUAGCGAUCCUACGCGAAUUACAAAUACAUCUUCAACAUUAAUUGAUGUUAUUUGUGUGAACAAAACACGAAAGGUCCUUAACAGUGGUACGAUGGAUGCUGAAAAUAUUUCCGACCAUCGAUUGGUGCAUUGUACAAUUGAUCUUGAUGUCGAAAAACCAACAAAUAGGAAACUCAUUAUGAAAGAUUUUAGAAACUUUAUUCCUGAAGAAUUUGAAUAUGACGCUGCUCGCAUCUGCUGGAAUCAUGUAUAUAACCUAUCAGAUAUUGAUACCAAGCUAAAUUUUUUUAAUAACGCAAUUCUUGCUGUUUAUGAUAUUCAUGCACCUCUACGUACAAUUCAUUUACGAAAUAAGAGUCCCAAACCCUAUAUUACUGAUACGAUAAAAGCAAUCAUUCGUUUAAAAAGGAAAGCAUUCACAAAAUUUCGUAAAUCAGGCGCUCAACAAGAUAAGCUAUAUUACAAAGAUCUUAGCAACUACCUAUCAUUUGCAAUAAGACAGGAGAAAACGGCGUACAUUAACACCCAACUACGUAUCAAUAAAGGCAACCCCAAGAAGAUCUGGAGUUUAUUUUCAUCUUGGAACAUCCAUAAUAAAAAACAAAAUGUUAUCGAUCCCAUCUUGCUUGCUCCCAAUCUAAUAAACAAUUUUUUUGCAAACAUGCCCAUUGCUGAAAUAAAUAGAGAAACUGCUCUGCCUUUUUAUAAUAAGAAUAUUCGACCAGGAAUAGAGCAAGCGAUGAUAUUUUCCGAAGUUACCAAUGAGGAUAUUACAAUAGCACUGAACAAAAUAAAAUCGAAUGCUAUCGGCGUUGAUAAUAUAAGCUUGAAAAUGCUACAUUUAAUUUACCCCUUUUGCAAAGAAGCCCUCCGACACAUAAUCAAUUUCUCAUUAAAGACUGGCACAUUUCCAAGUUUGUGGAAGACAUCAUAUAUUCGUCCUCUCUCGAAAGUUUCUAGAUUAGACUACAGCAAGGCAUUUGACUGCAUUAACUUUGAACUACUACUUGCAAAACUGAAAUACUACAAUUGUAGCGACAAAGUGAUAACUUGGUUUUAUAAUUACCUACAUAAUCGAAAUCAACGAGUGAAAAUUGACUCAGUCCUAUCUGAUGUGUUGCCGGUUAACCAAGGGGUGCCGCAAGGGAGUAUUCUUGGACCCAUUUUAUACAUCAUUUUUACUGCGGAUCUACCCUACCACACGACAUCUGAAAUAAGCCUGCAUCUCUAUGCCGACGAUACACAAAUGUAUAUCAGCUGUAAUCCUUUAUGUAUUAAUGAAGCUAUUGAUAAACUAAAUACUAAUUUACAACGUAUAUCUCAAUGGUCAAAAGAUAACGGUCUAUUAAUUAAUGCAUCUAAAACAGAGGCGGUAUGCAUAGGUUCCAACGCUGUGCGUGCUCUAGCCCUUUCAACUCUGUGCAACAAAAUUAAAUUAAACGACAGUGAAGUGCCACUAUCGGAAGAAGUUAAAAGCCUUGGUGUAGUGAUUGACUGUGAAAAGCGACAGUUCUAA